CAUCGUAGUCAUGUCGAAAAUUUUUGCCGCCAGCCUAUUAUCCCGCCAAACACAACUCAUAAUUAGUUGAGAGAGGUUAAAAGUUAUUAAUUUUCUAGAUAUAAUCCAAUCCGUUAAGCUAUUUCACCGUGCCUCACAAUAAUAGCAAUCAUUUUGGUGCUACUGUGCUGUUGCAUUAAUCAAUUAACUUCCUAUCUUACAAUUGAAAUAGGUGUUAUAUUUUUAUUAUCGGUUUUAUUGUAUUUCUGAAUUAUCUAAAUUUUUGUAAUACUUUUGUGGUGUCAUUAUUUAUUCAGUGCUUCCUUAACGAUAUCAAGUUUAAAAAAAAGACUUUAACAGUAUGGCAAAAGUACAAUUAGCAAAUGUUGCUGUACUUGAUAACCCUUCACCAUUCUUAAAUCCAUUUCAAUUUGAAGUUACUUUCGAAUGUAUUGAAGAAUUGAAAGAAGAUUUAGAAUGGAAGAUGAUCUACGUUGGUAGUGCAGAAUCAGAAGAAUUUGAUCAAGUAUUAGAUACCAUUUACGUUGGUCCUAUUCCAGAGGGACGACAUAUGUUUGUAUUUCAGGCUGAUCCACCUGAUGUUAGUAGAAUUCCAGUCAAUGAUGCUUUAGGAGUCACAGUUGUCCUUCUUACCUGUUCAUAUAGAGGUCAUGAAUUUGUACGAGUUGGAUAUUUCAUAAAUAAUGAGUACACAGAUCCAGAAUUACGUGAAAAUCCACCAGCACAACCACAAUUUGAUAAGGUUCAACGUAAUAUUCUUAGUGACAAACCACGAGUAACGAGAUUUAAAAUAAAUUGGGAUGAUGGAGUAGAAUUAACAAAUAACGAUACCUCAGAUAGUAUGAAUGCUCACACCAUGGAGGAUGAUAAUUCACAAGAACAACCUUCGACAUCAUCUUUAAGUUUUGCAGAAAAUACGCAAAAUAGUAUGGAAGUUAUGUGAAAGCUCUUAAGUGUAAAAAUAACUCGAUUUCAAAGACGUAUCUUUACUAUUUAUUAUUUGUGGUUACGAAAACAUAUUUUCUAUUUUUCAUAAAUUUUUUCGCCAAACAAAUGUUUACAUUUUUCCAUUUUUUUUCUUUAUUUAUCCGACAAAUACAGUGCAAAUGUAAAAUCACUCUAAACUGAAUGUUUAUCAUUAAUCAUUUAUUAAAUUUAAUGUUCAAAAAUUGUACAAGAAAAUGCUGCUACUGUUGUUAUGCCAUCAAAAGUGUGUACAUUAUUAAAUUUAAAAAAAAUUAUAGAUAAUUUUCUAC